AUGUACGAAGAAGAAACCCGAGUUUACACAACAACAUCAACAGGCCAAAGAUACAUCCAACCUUCCGGCCCUCUAUACGACGGAGGGAAUAUAGAAUGUAAUCCUUGGCUGGACACAAGCUACUUGAAGACUUUACCCGGCCUUUUAAAAAUUAUUGUAAUUUGUUUCAAUUUUCUUUGCUUUAUGGCUGUCUUGAUUGGAGGGCCAGCUUAUUAUGCGGGCGUUGGAGGGGCUACUUUUGUUUCUGUUUUCGGAUUUAUUAUUUCAUUGACUUUGCUAAUGCUUUAUUUGUUCCAUAUUGUGGACCAAUGGCCUCAGAUUCCUUGGAUUGUUUGUGUGGGUUUUUAA